AUGCUGAAACCUUACACCGCGCCAGACACCAGCUACAAGGAGACUCACGGUAGCCGCUGUUCGCUGUUCAAAAGAGUUGUGAAAAUGAUUAAUAUAUUGUUCUUCGUCUUGAUUUUGGUGAGUUGCAGUGUCACUGACAGCGUUGAUGGUAUUAAAACUAUAAUAAAAGAAGAGUUGGAGUUAGAGAGCCAUAUGAAGAUCGUUAACAAGCCUCCUAUCAAGAGUAUUAAUACAAAGUUUGGGGACAUUGUUGAUUGCAUUGAUAUUAACAAGCAAUCAUCGUUUGACCAUCCUUUAUUAAAGAAUCACAAAUUGCAGAGAAAACCUAGCUUUCAAAAGUCAAUUGAAAAAACUGGUGCGAAGAAUUCAUCGACUAGAUUUAAAGUUUUGCUUGAGAAGUACUCUUGUCCAACCGGCACCGUUCCUAUUCGGAGGACAACAAAAGAGGAUCUUAUACGAGCUAAAUCAUUAUUCAAUUAUCAUAUGCUGACCAAAGACCAUCCUGGUACACAUGGGGCAGAAGUAAUUCUUACAUCAAAAACUAGUUCUUAUACUGGAGUUAGUGGAGAUACUAGUCUUUGGAAUCCAAAAGUUGAGAAGGAUCAAAUCAGUGCUGCUUAUUUAUGGGUUCAAAAUGGACCUGUAGAGACUAACAACAGAAUUGUGGUUGGUUGGCAUGUGGCUCCGCAGUUAUACGGUGAUAACGCAACUCAUGUUUACGCAGCAUGGACAUCAGAUAAUUUCAAGAAGACAGGAUGCUACAAUUAUCACUGUCCAGGUUUUGUUCAAACUGACGACCAAAUUCAUCUUGGUACACGUGCGGAAGAAACAUCUGUUUAUGGCGGAGACAUAUAUGAGGUUUCGAUUGCUAUUAUACAGGACUCGAUGACAAAAAAUUGGUGGUUAAAUAUGGAAAAUAGAAGUGUUGGAUAUUUUCCAGCAGCUUUAUUUUCCAACAUGGCCAAAGCUGAUCAAGUGGGAUGGGGUGGAAGAACAAACACUCCAGCAGGUACCCGUAGUCCUCCAAUGGGAUCUGGAGCCUUUCCUGAUAAUAACUUCGUUCAUGCAUGUUACUUUAGACAUGUUUAUUUUAAGAAUACAACAGAAGAAAGUUAUGGACCUCAGAUAUAUCAAACACAAACAUUCACUGACAAACCUGAGUGCUAUGGUGUUGAAUACUAUGGAGAUCAAGGAAAGGAUGUCGACUAUUCUCUCCAAUUUGGAGGACCCGGUGGUAACUGCGGGGAUUAG